CGCUCUCUUCGGGCAGAUUUCGGGGUCCGGAGAGCGCCGACGGCACGUCCGCUCACUUCGGGUGGCUGUGGUCGACUCCUGAAUGCGAAGUGGACGCGUUGACAACGUAGGGGAGCAUGGCGCCUCGUCGCGUGGUUGUGAAAACCGGGUCCAGGAAAGACAAUUCGCCGUAUUGCUGCGUUUAUGGCUGUCACAACAGCUACAGGAACACUGCUGGAAAAUUGCCGCCGAUCAAAUUCUACCGUUUUCCUUGGAAAUCGUAUGAGACUGAAAGAAGACAGAGGUGGAUCGCAGCUGUCCGCCGAGCAAGCUCAGAGGGAGAGCUGUGGCAACCGAAAAGGAAUGAAACGCGAAUAUGCAGUGCUCACUUCGUGGGAAACGAGAGAAGCAACAUCGCUCAGCACCCAGCGUACAUUCCAACAAUAUUUCCACCUUGCUACAAAAAGAGUGAUGCCGCCUUGCCCCAGACAAAACUGGGAAGAUUUGAAAGGAUUCAGCGACGGAGCGCGCUGCGACCAGUCAUUGCUCCAACGUGUCAAACUGCCGUCUCCUUGAAUUCAGAGGACGACACAGCGGCACUGGAAGAACGCAACGAAAUGUCAGACUUGGAAGCCACCGUUUGCUUCAGUCCUGACUCGGCACAGGGCACAUCCGCGUCGGAAGAAUGCAACAAGUUUGCGUCCGUGAUGACUCAGACAGAGAACAGUUCAUUCCAGGGGCCAUGUAGCUUGUUUCUUUCUGUGGUGUCACAGUGUGAUGCAUCGACACAAGUGUCUCAUAUUGAAACUAGAGACAGCAGCGUGCAAGCAGAACCUGCAGUGAGGUCAACCGCCACUGGGCCAGAAGAGCGAAGCUGCGUUUUCCUUGGAUACAGCUCUCUUUGCGAAAGGAAAGAUGCAUUCACAGAACUAUGUGGAGUCAGUGCAAAUGUGUUUGCCAUGCUAAUGUCUUUAUUUUCAUCUGUAGUCGUGAGGUCUGUUGAUGUCCCUAUCCCUCAAAAGAUGGUGAUCUUCCUAAUGAAGAUGAAACUUGGCAUUUCAUUUGCAAGUAUAGCUGUACUUUUUGGCCUGCAUCGUACAACUGUUAGCCGCAUCUUUUUUUUCGUUUUGAGGAAUCUUCUUUACUCAAUGCAACACUUCAUUCCUGAACCGCCGCAAGCUGCUGUCAAGGCAACUAUGCCAGCAUGCUUUAAGGUACACUACCCUAACUGUCGUUUUAUUAUAGACUGCACUGAAGUGAGAACGGAAGAGCCACCUACUGUAGAACAGCGUCGAGCUCUUUUUUCACACUACAAGGGAUGCUACACAUUGAAGUUUUUAAUUGGAAUCUUGCCCAAUGGUGCAGUGACCUUUGUAUCAAAGGCUUAUGGAGGUCGAGCUUCAGACACGCACAUAACUCUAGAAUCAGGCUUUCUCAAUCGAAUUGAGCCAGGUGAUGUUGUGUUAGCCGACAAAGGUUUUCCAGGCAUAAAAGCACCAGCGGAAGGAAACAAGGGCAUUGUUGUCUUGCCCCCUUUCUCUAAAGGAAAUAUGCAAUUUACAUAUGAUGAGCUCCAGCAAACUUACCACAUUGCUCAGGUACGCAUCCAUGUUGAAAGAGCUAUCCAGCGAAUAAAAUUGUUUAAUAUUCUUAAUUUUCGAGUAUCUAAUGAUCUCAUUCCUUAUAUGAGUGAUAUCAUGCGAAUGUGUUGCAUCCUGGUGAAUCUGCAACCGCCAAUUAUAAACACACAAAAGCUUGAGCAAUCUUAAGACAAAUGCCGUAGAACAUGGUGCUAUUCAUUCCGAAUUAGGAAAUGAACCUUCUCACCCUGUCAGCCUAUAUUAUAUGUUAAUGUACAUGCUACAAUAAAUUAAGAAAUUUCACGAAGAUUUACUCCUUCAAAUUGAAACUGGCGUGAAAAGGUUCGCCUUCACUGUUGUAUUAUAUGCAUUUGCAGGCAAUUCAGGACAGCAUUAGUCGUUUUACCAGCAUUUAUCAUGUAGGGAACCAUUGCAUGUGACCUCAGGUGUGUAUUGCAAGGAGUACCUAAUUGUGAGAGCUAGGCCCAUCAUUCUUCUUGUGUACAGAUUUUAUAGGAACUGUGUUGAGUUUGAGGAUUUUCACCUUGGUAUUAACAAUGGAACAAGCUGUAGCCUUGGGCAGAAAUGCAAAAGACCUCUGUAUGUGAAUUUAAUGCACAUUAUAAGACCCAGGCAGCGAAAAUUAAUGCAGAGCCCUCUACCAUGGUGUCUCAUAGCUCAAACAGAGCUUCAGUAACCAUGCUUUAGAGUUGAAAAGUUAAAAAAAGCAGCUGCAACAUGUUCAUCUAUGUUGUGUGUAAAAUAACAAAAUUUGACUUAACAGAGUGCACAUGGCGCUGUGUACAGUACUUUUAAUGAGGUUCCUUUUGAUAUAAUUUCGCUAAAGUGGAACUCAGUGAAUGCAAGCUGCAUCAUUUGCACUCUGCUGUAAUAACACCAAGCUUGUUUCACAUUUAUUGUCUUUGCACUCACGCUUGCAGACAAAGCAUAAGAAUAUGUAAUGGAAAAGGAAAAAAAGUCAACUAUAUAAGCAACAGGUUUGUGGCUUGUAGGCAACACUAGGCAGAUCACUAGCAAACUACCAAUGGCCUUGUGUGGAACUCGUACAGAUAUUUCUUAGUGAAAUAUUUAGCGCGCACAAUUGGAAAGGGCACAGUGAAAUGGGGACCCACGAGCGCUUACUCACAACUGUAUUAUUUUCGGAAAGACACAGAACAUAAAUACCCCAGCUGUCAGCACUGAGCAUGUGCAACAAGAGUCGUCAGUAUAAACAGAAACAGAUUAAAAAGGUUCAACCUGUAUUUAAAAAAGCAAAUUCUUUGUCAGUGAUUGCAACUGAUGUUUGGCUUACGCAUUUUUCAGCACACAUUUGGAUAUGAAAUGCUUCUUUCAUGUGUUUGUUUUUAUCCGAAAACAAAAUGUCGGUGUCGAAAAAUACCAGAUCAUAAUGACAUAGAUUACAGUGGUUUGACAAGUGCGAAUAGUUUUCUUUACUGAGAGAAUGCUCAUGUUCUUUUAGACGGGUGUUUAUGCACUGACCGGUUUGUCCUAUGUACACGUUGCCACAGGUUAACGGAAGCCGGUACACAACACCUAUUCUGCAUUUUGUGAAUAUUUGGUCUUCUGUAUGACUGCAGCUGCAUUUUUUACCCUGUUGUCAAACAUUUGAAAUAGCUUGGCACAGUUUUCUCAUCAGAUCGGAAACAGGGGUGUAGAUUGCAUUUUGUCUGCAUUACCUGCUGGAUACCACUGUGGCUGGAUAUCUUAAUAAAGAAUAAUAAUGAAGUGUAUGUUAAUAAAAAAUCAAACCUCCUUACGGCAGCCUGGCCCUUGGUGAUUUCGGCAAUCUCUAAUAUUUGAUCAAUGUUUUUUUGACGAAUUGUUUGUAGAAAUCUUUUCCAGGGAUAGACAUCUUUGAGACCAUGUUUUGGCUUUUCAGAAUAAAAGGAGAGGUCGAAGUGACCCUUAGCGCACUGUG